AUGGCCCCCGAAGUGCGGGCUCCUCGCAGCGCCAAGAAGCGGAGGGCCUGUGAUCGCUGCGUGCGGAGGAAGAAAGCAUGCAGUGCCGGUUGGCCAUGUGACGAUUGCCGACGCAAGCUUGUGUCUUGCACCUACCAGCGAAGAGAUGAGACCCGUAAGGGGGUCCAAGGACAGCUAAAUCCCGACGUCAAGGGAUCAGAGGCAGGACCACAGCUGAACGAGACGUCGGCCUUGGGAGGCGAUCCCACGCCGUCUUCCAGCACCAACGAGACUCUCGAUGUCAACCUCAUCGGCAAUGUCGACUGUGAUCCUGGCCCGUGUUCCGAUAGUCUGACGUGGCUGGACUUUCUCGAUCUCGAUCAGACCAUGCCCCUCGAUCAGCCCCAGCCAGAUCAGAAAAGAGGUUCAUUUGACUUUCUGUACACCUUUACCAGUCGUACCGGUCUUGUGGAGUCCUUCGAUUGUGGGUCCCUCGCUCAGCGGGUACAGACUGUGUCCGAGUUUCUGCAAGACGAAGCAGCACGGCAAGCGAAAACUGCGCUUUUCAAUGUCGAAGGUGGUCUACAGUCCAGUUCACAACCCCUUUGUCUUGGGCUGGGCACGUCUUUGCUCUUCCAGGAUCCUCUCAUCAUGGUGACACGCAAGAUUGUCGCCGAAAUACACGACUUGAGCACGAACAAUGUUAGAAGAAGCGCCGCCACGAAGGACUACUCAUCUACCACAGAACAGAGCUGCUUACAGUUCUUUUCCCCGCUACAUCUACGCAAAUUUCUCGCGCUGUUCUGGAACAUAUGGCAUCCAAAUUGCCCCUUCAUACAUCGGCAAUCAUUCGAUCCCACCACCGCAAAGCCGAGUCUAGUCGCCUCAAUGGUCGUAACAGGCGCGUGUGUUUCCCCGGAGCCUACCGAUAAUGGGCUGGCUAGGACCUGGUUCAACCCUGUCGAGGAGAUGGUCUUCAGUGACGAUGCCUUUUGCGAUGACGCUCCGUAUUGUCCCUUGGUGAAUCCCGUGCAGGGCAUCGACAAGAUCCAAGCUCUACAGGCCGGAUAUUUGGUAUGCACCUACCAGAACUGGGAAGGAAACGAUAACAGCAAGCGGCGUGCUCGCCGUCAUCGCUUCAACUCCCUUGUAUCAGCCGCGCGAGACGUGGGUGUCCGUUCUGCAAGGCAUCGCAACUAUGACUUGACAUCUAUCUUCGACGACUUUGACUGGCAAGACUUUAUUGCGAGAGAGCAGUUGAUCCGUGUCGUCAUGUGGACAUUCAUGUUUGACAAGGGCUUCGUUCUCUUCAACAAUAUCCCUCCUCGAAUGGUCAUCAAGGAAAUGAUCAUGCACAUAGCAUGGCCCGACUCAAUAUUCCAGGCUGGCACCGCUACCGAGUGCGCUCGAGAGAUUCGGGGUUUUCUUUCACGGUCCAGCUCCGGGAGCUAUCUUACCUUGUGCGAAGUCUUUGAACGCUACUGCAAGGACAAGAUGGACCCGAACCUGCGUCGUGUCCUUGUGGAGCAUGGCGCCUCUCAUCUUUUUGCUAUCAUUCUUGGUCAGCUCAUAUACUCCCCAAUUGCAGUACCUCUGCUCACAGUUGUAACUGUAGCUAUUUACUCGACCAUAUUCCAACACCAGAAUUCCCUGACCGGCAACGACCAACUCGGCGGUAUACGCAACGCUCUCGACAAUUGGAAAUCGACUUAUGAGGCCUACCUAAAGACCGUCCCUAUCGCAGAGCCAUACGAAACGGCUGAUUCGCUUCAAGACAUGUGGAGAAGACCUGGGUUCAGUCGUCACACGCACGAGUUCUACCUAGUUGCCCGGGCCUUGGUCAGCCGCGUGUCAUCGGGAGAGUCUGUGCCUGGUAUGGAUGGGAGCAAGGGCACGCCUGGCUUCAAUGAAUACGAUCAGACUAGUAUGCGCCAGCUGAAUGAUCUUAUCACGGAUUUUCUUGGUGUCCAUUUGGAUUGA